AUAGAGAUGCAUCUGUCACAUAUGGAAGCAUGAAUUGACCCCCCUAGAUGCCAUGUUCGUGACUACUUGUGUGUCGUCAUGUCGACAUAUAUUAACGCGACUUGACGUCCUCUAUCAUUGUUUGGUGGGAUUGAAAGACGUAUUGACAACGUUUGUUUCAAGUUAAUUUCUCGUCGAUAACAUUUGGUGAAUGAAAAUUGUCAUAAAUUGAUAAACAAUGCAGACUGAAGGAGGAAAGAGAUUACGUAUUGGAAUGGUGAUUCCUUGUCAUGUCGGAGGUGCAGUACAUGAACACAGGGAUCGCAAUGAAUUGUUAGCCUGUAUAGAAAGAGAUAAGGAACACGUUACAAUAACAAAACUUACUUUGCAAAUGUUAGACACUGAAGGGAAGAAUGAAAAGUGUUGUGCUGCUGACGAGAAGAGGGCAUCCGCUGAAUUAUCAAGGGAAUACGCGGCUGCUAAAAAGGAAAUAACAAAAGCCGAGCAUGCAAAGACAAAGAAUGAGGAGGCUAAGACAAAGAAAGAGGAGGCUAAGACAAAGAAAGAGGAGGCUAAGGCAAAGGUUGAGGAGGCUAAGACAAAGAAUGAGGAGGCUAAGGCAAAGGUUAAGGAGGCUAAGGUAAAGGUUUUGGAGGCUGAGGCAAAGGUUGAAGAGUUAAGAAACAAAAGAAUUUUUGAACUAUUGAAAUACAGGGAAAAUAUGGACAGGAAUAACCUGCGAAUGAUACUUGGCAAUGAAACAGGUUCAAUGGAUACAACGUCUAAUCUAUAUGUACGCAUGAACACAUUGGCAGAUAGUGUUCCAUCGGUCACCGAUAGCGAUGACACGAAAAGAAAAUACAUUGCAUAACUUUUAGCGAAAGUAUGAAAUAAUUGAUUAUUUAUUUAACAAGUAAAUUUGCUCUAAUGAUAUAGAACCAGUCGGCAGUAUAUUAAAAUUGGAAAAAUCAGUUAAUGUAUGUUAUUUUAGUGUGUAUGUGUAUAUAUAAAUAUUUUUGCUGGUGCAGUCCCCGGGUGAGGCGAACAGUUGGAUAAUUGGCCAAUCGAUUAAAAAUCAUGUGAGUUGGUCGGUCACUUGCGGAGAAAUUGAAUGUUAUAAUUAGUUUUCCAGGAGAGUCAUUGAAACUCAUGUUCGGCCAUACUCGGCAGUUUGCCCACCUAACUGGCUUUUCAGCAUAACUUUUCGGUAAAUGUAAUUUUCUCGGUAAUUUAAUGACUACGUAUCGAGGACGAUUUUUGAGUCAUCGGUGUGAUAUCGCCUAGACAUGAUAAAAAAUGUCUUGAAGCU